UCUCCAGAAAAAGCUGAUUUUGAAGAGACUGUGUGAAAAAAAAACUUGUAAUUUUGACGUGCCGUUUUGUUGGAGCAUGUGUUAAAAAACAGUUUACGAUUCAUUUGAAGCUGCGGUGUGAAAUGUAACCAUGGCAACCGAACGGUCGUCCUGGUUAGCAGCCCUGCACAGGCUGUAAGUGAAGGCUAUGCUGAGGGUUAGCUGAAGCCUUAUGAUAUUCAUUUGCCUUGUCCACGGUGGGGGUUUAGUAUUGUUACGGAAGACAGUCGAUCAGCUAUAUCUGACCUCUUUCCGUGAUGGAAGAAGUCGACAGGAUUUUAAUUCACUCUCUAAGACAAGCUGGCACAGACAUUGAUGAAGAUGUUCAGAGUGUGAAGCAGUUCACAAGUGAGCUGAUCGUGGAGGCGGUGGUGAAAUGCCUGCGUGUGAUCGACCCUGCGCUGGGCAAUGGCUUGUCCCACUUACUCCCCCCUGGCAUGUCUGCCCGCUUCAGACUGGGCAUGAGCCUGGCACAGGCCUGUCAGGAUGUGGGUUUUAAAGGGGAAAUUGGCUACCAGACAUUUCUCUACAGCAGUGAGCCAGAGAUUCGCUCUCUGUUCAUGUUUCUGGUUGAGAAGCUGCCCAGAGAGAGUGCAGAGGCCUUGGACCAGCCUGCAGGGAAGUCUGCGCUGUUGCAAAGAGCAAUUGCUGCUCAAAUUAAAGUGCAGUUGUCAGUGCCUUGGCUGCCUCUGUCCUGUAGACUCCCCAUUCAUCGUAAAACACAGAGUUCCGGCCCAUGUCACAGUUUCCACACUGAGCCGCUGAGCCUCCCAUAUUCAGUGAAGGUCUCUUCAAGGAAACAGCCAAAAGAGUUGCAAGAAUACUGGAGAUAUUAUUUGCUGCCUGUGACUGCCCAGCCUUCCCAGCAUUCCUCAGUGCCAGCGUCCCUCCUGGAGAACCACAUCUCUGAACUUAGUGCUUCACAGGAGUGGGAGAGUGAAUGGAACAGCCAAGGCCUUCUGUCAAGACUUACACCUGAGGAGUACCGAUCCAGAAAGAAAGCCCGACUGCAGAAGCGUAUCGAGGAGCAGCUGAGAGCAGCGGCUCAGCCUCGACCUGACACACACGGAGCCACGCGUUCGACUUCUGACCUUGCUGAACUGCUGCAGUCAUUCGGUGGGGCUUCCACUGGGGGAGAUGUGCUGACCAAAGGCACACGCUUCACCCAUACAGAGAAAUUCACCUUUACACAGGUACCUGAAAAAGCAGCCCAGCAGAUGGCAGCAGCAGCAAGUGCACUUCCCAGCUCUCACCAAUCAGAGGAGGACCUAAAGGCCCAGCAGGAAGCAGAACUUUCUGCUCUGCAGCAACAGUUGCAGCAGCUGUCAGUCCAAAUGGAUGAAGUGGGCGGAGACAUCAAGCAGCUCACUGUGUCUAUCCAGCAGGUGUCAGAUGAGCUACAACAGAAAGAGGUUAGCAAUGCCGAGAAGGAGAAUUCAGUCAAAAUGAAGAGACAGACCAUUGACUUGCUACCUGACGCUGAGAACAACCUGCUGCAGUUACAGAGUCUGGUAGAGGCAAGCUCUAAACGAGUGGUUCAUUUGGCCUCUCAGUGGGAGAAACACAGAGUCCCGUUGAUUGACGAGCACCGCAGACUAAAAGAGCUGUGCAGCAACAGAGAGUCUGAGUCCUCCAGGAAGCUGUCAGAGAUCAAAGACCUGCAUGACAAAAUCAGACAGUCUGCUGAGGAGGCCAAAAAGAAGGAAAGUCUGCAUAAGCAGCUGCAAACUGAGUAUGAAACACUAUCUAAAGAUGUGUCUCGCUCAGCCUACACCAUGAGGAUCUUGGAGAUUGUAGGCAACAUAAAGAAACAGAAGGAGGAAAUCACUAAGAUUUUGUCCGACACAAAGGAGUUGCAGAAAGAGAUUAACAGCCUGACAGGAAAACUGGACCGAACAUUUGCAGUCACAGAUGAACUGGUGUUUAAGGAUGCCAAGAAAGAUGAAUCUGUCCGCAAAUCCUACAAGUACUUGGCUGCCUUACAUGAGAACUGCACUCAGCUGAUUCAGACUAUUGAGGACACAGGAACCAUCAUGAGAGAAAUCCGAGAUCUUGAGGAGCAGAUUGAGACUGAAAAUGGCAAAAGAACAGUUAGCAAUCUAGAGAAGAUCCUUGAAGACUACAAGGCCAUUCGUCAGGAGAACUCAGCUCUUGCUGAGAAGAUCCGGGAAGGUUGAACUGUUGCUCCGUCCAUGUUUGAUGGUACUGCAGAGUGAAAACCCGGCCUGCUGAAAUGGGCGCUGCUGUGAGAGACGUCAGUUUGGCUCCCGUCUGUGUCAGCCCUCCAUCCGAAAUAAUCCUCAUCACAUUAGGCAACUUUCAGCUUUUACUGAGGGUUUGAACACAAGAGUUUUUUUGCAUCAAAAUGGCACAAGUUUGAAGAAAUGUUAGUUAAAACUAAUUCUGAUCAUUGUGAUGAGAUUCUGUUUUUUAACAAAAAGCUUGGACUGCAAUAAUUUGAGAAGGACCAGUACCGGUGCUUCGGCUUGAUAAAACAACAACUUUGUUAUACGGCGAUAACCAUAUUAUGUACAUGAAAGUGUCCGUUAACAGUGACCUUUGAUUGUUGUAGUUCAUAUGGGUUGAGCUGCUCAUGAACAUUACAAAAUUCAGUCAGUUUGAUUGAGCUUGGAUAAUAGUAGGCUGAUAACAAGUUAAUACUCAUGAACAGCUUCCCUGUUUCAUAUUAAAGCAUAAAUUUGAUAACGUAUCUGUUUGUUUGGCUCUGAUGGAUUCAUAGAACUGCUCAACUACUCGUCAUUGAAAGUUAUAUCGUCAUUGAACCUCUAUGAUAAAAAUGUACUCUUGUCAGACUGAUUGUAGGAAAGCUGUGUAAACACGUUUAAGUGUCUGAUUGACUAACACUGAUGAUUGUCCCAAUCAAACAGGUUUUCAUAAGUUUAAUAGUUUAUGCCUGUCUUUGGAUUGUUUGAUUUUAGAGAUUAUAUCGAAAAUAAUGUUUUGUAAUUUACCAUGACUUGUAUACAUCUGCUCAAUCUCUGAACAAGAUGUUCUGAUCUUUCACCAUUUCUAUCGGUUGUUAUUGUCCUUUUUUUUUUUUUUUACUUAAAAUGAGGUAAAGUUAUUAGAUGCUUUAACUUGUUGUUAAGGCACUUUUUUCGCCUUUGCUGUAACAAUUGGAAAUUUAGAGUAGGGCUGCACGAUAUGGGGAAAAGGUCUAAUUGCGAAUUUGUAUUGAAAAGAAUGUUUUUUUAUCUGCUCAAUCUCUGAACAUGAUGUUCUGAUAUUCCACCAUUUUGCUACCAGUUACUGUCCUGAGGAAGUUAUCAACUGAUUAAAUCUCACAAAAACAUUUA